ACUGUGUGAUAAAGUUGACUGAACUUUUUUUUUCUUCAAUACAUAUUUUUUUAAUAAUAAUAAAAUAUUAUAUUAACAUAUUUUACAUGAAUUGUCCUCUUUUCACUGGAAAUAUGGUAACCCUAAAACCAUCACAAAUAAAACAAUCUAGAAUGUUUUACUGUGAACACUUAAAUUACCACUGUGAAAUGCUCAUUCUCAUAACAUACUGCACACAAGCAGAAAACAUAUUCUUUUAGAUAAUAUUAAUUACCCAUAACACUGUUUGUCUUUAUUUAUUUACACUGUGCUGUACAGUAUUAACUUUCUAUCACGAGCGUGACACACCCUUUCGUUUGAUCGAACCGGGACCGACCUUCUCUUGGAACUUCCAAUAUACUCUCUACUUCCAAUAGCAAGUUCAGAGGCAUUCUAGGGGGUUCAGGCAAAGCUUUUGUUGCCUUCGAACGACGACGGCUUUGGUUUCGGGCAACAUUGCACACGGAUGAAUGUGUUCUAUGCCAUAGAGUAGAUUUGUAUCUCUCCUCUACGUUAUAUGAGCAAGAGUCAUUCGUGUGAAUCAGAGGUGAAUCAUCCGCAUCUUGCAAUGCAACGAGUAAACAAAGAGACAAACAAUUUGCUAGAAAGGGUCAGGUCAGGAGAGCAGGAGCAAGCAACACGAUCCACUAGAGAAGAGAGCAGAAGAGAGGUUGAGGAAGCGGGGUCGAGGGAGAUCAAGUCAUUGUUCAUUGGAUGUGUAUGAGGUACUACACCUUUGUUCUGAACUAGAAGAUGGUACGUGCUUGUGCGACGCAUAGUUUCGGUGGUUUCGUUGUUCAACAGCUUCUUUCUUCCCUUACGGUCUUGGUGGUGACAAUAAUUUGACAAGUGGUGAAGCGUCAUUGCGUAGGGUGCUGAUGUCCUUGCUAAAAUAUGACUGAAAACAAUGCCGGACUUGGAAUGAAUCAAGAUCUCGAAACUUUGGUUGAUGACGAACCAGAUACACGGUUAGAACAAGGAACACUUAGUUUUAACGAAUCCCCUGGAGUUCACAGUCAAGCUAGUGCGUACAUAAGAUCGUGGGCAAAAGUCCCUCGAGGAGUAAUGGCGCAAGACGUUGUAACGAAUAGUAAUGGGGUUGAUGAAGAAGUGUGUGCCUAUCCUGUAUUAAAAUUUGAAGUUGUGUCUGCACGAACGGUUGAUUUGGAAAAUGAGAAAAAACAUGUGGCUUACACUGUAAUGGUGAGAAAGGAUGGUGCCGUGCAGGAUCCACAUCCUGCUGUCAUAGAAAGACGUUACACGGACUUUUUGGAACUCUAUGAAUCGCUGAAGAGAGAGUUUCCAACGUUAAUGAACAAUGUGACUUUUCCGAAGAAGGUUAUUUUGGGAAACUUUGCUCCUGGAGUAAUAUCAGAACGUAGUGCUGGUUUUGAGGGUCUUUUGGAACAUGCAGUCAGAGAACAAAAGCUGCGAGAAUCGUCAAGUCUCACAGAGUUUCUUCAAGGGAGAGAACAACGUGAAGCUCGCAGAUGGAUGGAGACUCAACGCUAUGAUCAGGCUGUGCCUUUGCUGGAAAAUUCUUUCCGAUUGCUCAACAAGAUUCACACUGACAGACACCCAGCUGUGAUGUUAGCCCUCUGUCAACUGGUAGCUUGCAGUCACGCAGAUCCUACCUCAGCCACACCAGAACGCUUCGCUGAUCUUGCUCUUCACAGAUUUGAAGCUGUUAGUGAUGUAGAUCUUUUGCAGUUUUAUGUCCCUUUGCUUCAGCUAUGUGUACGCCUGUGGUGGACUCUUGGACGUGACAAGAGGCCACUUGAGGCUCGGCUUAAUGAUCUGAAACGCAGAGGUCAUAAAGUAGAUGGUUGUCUUUCUCUUUUAGAAGCAGUCAUGACUAAAGAUAAUUUCAGUUCUUAACUACAUUGAAAAUGAUAAUUCAAGUAUUUCCAGGUGAAAUGCAGCUAUUGUGUGUGAAACCAUAGUAGAAACCAUUACGUUCUCAUUUUAAUUGAAGAAAUGAUGUGUUUGUUUCUAUUCUAAAUUUAUCAUUUUGAGUUUCAUCGUGGCAAAUUUGAAAUUAUGCAUGUUUAUGAAAGUUCAAUAGCAGACAAGCUCCUGGCUUAAAUUACUUAAUGAAAAGUUGGCUUGAGAGAGAUAAAAUGUUAAGUGUUCCAUGGUGUGUAAUUCUGUGUUAGUUCCAGUGCUCAAGCAAUGCUACGUUUUCAAACCAUGGGGGCUGUAAUUGCAAAAUUUCCAAAAGUGUAUGAGAAUAGAAACAUUAAGAGAAAAAACAAGUCUUCCAACAACUAAGUCAUGUUUAAUUAUAUGAAGUCUCACACAACCUUCACUUGCAGUGAUUUAGAGCCUUGUUUACAUUAUUAUUUUCAUAUAUUGAUCUACUUUUCACUGAUGAGUGUUGGCAGCAAAGUUAAGCAUUUUCCCACUAGAUUUCCUCACUCAAGUAGCCGUGCCUUUUGAGUGGUUGUUGUUUCUCACCACAGUGUAGAUAACCCUUGGUGUGUGUUUUAAAAAAUCAGUAGACUGCAUCUCUAGUCAUGGAGUCUUUUACAUAUCCAUCACUGCUCAGUAUGUAUAUUUGUAAUUGUAAGUAUAAAUUGUACAUGAAUAUGGAAUUACUAAUGCUUUAGUAAUUAGCAGAAUAGUAUUGGGCAACCCCUUGCUUUAUCUAUGUGUUAUUUUAAAAGCUCCAAAUUUUAUUGUGAAACGUGAAUUGUUAUUAAAUGCACAGUUAUUAAUAAUUCACUUUAUUUAUGAGUGGGAAUGAGAAUGAGGCAAGUACCUAACAAUCAUUUCUACUUAAAAGACCAGUAUUAAAAAAUUGACCAAAGUGAAAUUUACUCUUUUUCAACAUCUCUUAUUAUAAAAGGAGUUUUGUCCAGACAUUUUUACCAUAAUUUGAAAGAAGAAUGAAUGGUAAGAAAAGAGACGAAAUGUGUUAUUCGUACUACGACAUGGAAUUCCUAGUGGAUUCUAUUUUUUGAAUCUCUAACUAGUUGUAUGUUGAACUGCAAGAUGCUGUUUUCAAACUAUACAAUGUAGGCCAGUCAAAAUGGCAAAUUUGUAAAUUGAAUUGAAGCCUUUAUUGCAUUACAAGCAUUUAUUACCCUCCUUUAUUACAAGCAGUGGAAUGAAAUCUUAAAAUUUAGGGUUGUGAAUAGUUAGAAAGUAUACUGUUUAUUGAUGUAUUGUCGAUGCAAGUUGAGUAAACUUUGAUUAUUUCCGUUUAUGUUGCAGGAUUAAAUAUUUUAUUAUGUCAUCAAACCAUACUUUUAUUUAAGUUUCUGAAGUAUGACAAUUUUCAUUAUUUUGAUAUCAUUUCAUAAGUAAUAAAAAGUAGAACUAAAACUAGUGACAAAAUCAUUAAAAGAUAGAAAGUAGAACAGCAAAUGUAAUGUGUAGAAGGAAAAAAAAGUUCCCAUGAGUAAGAAAUUGUGCCAUUAAGUCCAGUACCUGCAGAUCUGAAUUUCUUAUAUAUAUAUAGAAGAAGUUCAGGACAUUUAUUAAUUUGAGUUUUUUACAACUUCAGUUUGGUAAAUUUGUCCUGUUGAGUUUCUUAUCAGUUUUCUUUUUUAUCAGAGAAAAGGUGUGGGGAAAGAGAAAACUGCUAAUUGAUAAUUUGUGUUAAACAAUGAGAAUGGUAGAAGUUACAGUAUUUUAUCAUUUGGUUGCAUUAAGAUUUUUUCUUUUUUAUCUUUUCUUUUUUCUUUCUUCCCACUUUUAGCAAUUCAUUAUCAAUUAUAUGCACAAUACUUGAGGUUUUUGUAUCUCAACAAUGUUUUGAAAUUUGAUGUAAUAACAAAUAUUAGUUGACAUGCAUCAGCAUUGUAAUCAAGGAAUGAGAAAUGCAUUAAAUAUUCUUGAGUGUUGGGGAUACUCGAAUUUUUUAGUAUUUCUUUGAGAACAUAACUGCUAUAAUAUCAAUUACAGUAUGUUGUAAUAUUUUUAAAUUCAUAAAAUCCUGAAAUUUGUGCAUUGAAAUUAUGAAACAUUUUUCCUUCAGUUGUAUGAAUUUUGUGACUUCCUUUUUAUAAUUAUUAUUUCUUGGUUGCAGAACUAGCAAAUAGUUUAAAAUCAGUAUUUAGAAUUUUUUUUGGGGGGGGGAGAUGCUCAAAAAAGAUUAAGUAAGUGAUUAAGUGAUCAUUGGUAUUAAAUAAUUUUGACUUUAGAGUUUGUUUUAUAUUUUGCCAUAUAAUAUUUUGUCUAAUAUGUAUAUUUUAUAUUGUCAUAUUUAUGAAAAUAUCAUAUUUACCCAAAUAUCUGACAAGUAGUAUUAUUGCCAGUUUUCAUUUCCUAGAAAAAUGUGGGUUGUCUUAAUUGUAAUGGGAGUCAGAGCCGCAAAAGUUUAAUUCAUGUAGAUUAUAUACAUACUACGUAUGAUAUAUACACAUUGUAUGAAAAAUGUAGAUGUAUUUUUUUAAAGUUUUGUUUGUUGUAAACUUAUUUCCAAUUGCAAAGAUGUGGGUUGUUUUAUUUUCAAGUAAAUUUUGGAGGACUAAUACCAAGUCAUAAAAAUAAGUCAUAUUAUAUUCAGAUAAAUAUUGUUCUUGUUGUAAUUAGUAACAUGGCUAUUUUUCAGUGCUUGCUGAUUUUAACUGUCUUGUUAUAGAAUAUGAAAUUCAGACUGAUGUCAUUUUAAUAGAAAAUAUUUACAGAAAAAAUAAAUUUUAGGUUUCAAAAGUCAUUUUAGAGUUCAAAUACUGAAAUGAUAAAUAUUAAUUGAUUUUCCUUAUGACAAGUUAAUUUUCUCCUUUAUGAGAAAAUAGACUGCUUUGGUUUAGCUUUACCUGGCAAGUACCAAAAAUUUCUUACUGCAAAGUGCAUGAAGUUUUAUGUGAUAUUCAUUAUCUAUUCUGAUAAUUACCAUUUAUUUAUGUGAAAAUGCAUUAUAUUGCAGUUCUUGUAAAUUUUUAAAUAAGUUACCACUACAGAACCUUAUACUUAUAAAUUUUAAAUAGAUAUAAAUUUAUUUCUCCCAUUAUUAGUGAAAUAUAAAUUUGUGAGUCUACACCCUUGUGCAUAUACUAAUAUGGACUCUGAAGAAUUUACACUAAAUUUAUUAGUUUACCAAAUAAAUUAAAAAGUCUACAUACAUAACAUAAAUUCGUAGCAGGCCCUCCUUGUGCCUUUAUUACUAACUCACGCCUAUUAGGCUUUGAUUCAAUCAACUUUUUACACAUACUUUUCUAUAUAAUCAUCAUUUAAACUAUGUGAUGAUAUUAUUUCUUCAUAUUAAUACUCACAAGGGUGUAGAUAACAUGUAAUGGUGUAAGAAUGGGUCUGUGUGUUUGAUGGUGUUGACAUUAAAGUUAAUAAAAGAAGAAAAAGAACCUACAGUUGGGUCAAGCAAGUGUGCAGUAUAUAUGAGGAAUGUACAAUUGUGCAGAUUUGAAUAGUUUAAAAACAUUGUGAGAACGAGAUUUGAGGAAGAUAUGUCUCGCUUCUAAAAGUUGUCAAAUGAAAUGAAAUUCCACUCAUAUUUCUGUCAUUUUAUUUCAACUAAAUACUGUGUUUAAAGAAACAUGGUGUGAAAUUUUACAUUUUGCUGUCUUGUAAAAUAGCAUUUGGCUGACACUUAAAAUGUCAAUUAGACAGUGGUGUGGCAAUGUUGUGUUCUGUCAGCAGAUAAGUUUUCAAUUCUGUGAACUGUUCUUACGAAAUGAUUAGUUGUUCUGAAUUUCACUUUCAGCUGCUAUUCUUAUUAAAAAAUACACUGAUAUUUUGAAAAUAAAACAGAUGUAUGAAAGAUUUUGUUGCUAGAUUUUUUUCUCCUAAAUCUUCUUUUAUUAAUUCAGUAAAUGUUUUUGAGCGUG